AUGUCCGCGGAGGUCCCUACCCCCACCGACGCCUUGGCGCCACCGGCGCCGGUCCCGGCCUGCAACUACUGCCGCAAGGGCCACACCGCGUGCGACAUGCGAGGCCGACCCCCUCGCCGCACUCCCCUCCCCUUGGACGACCAACAACAACAAAAAGAACGAAACGCGAAGCCGCUUCGCACAGCGGCCGCUGCCAAGCCGCCGCAGCCUCAGCCACCGCCCGUUGACGCAGCAGCCCAGGAGGAGCCGGCCGGAGGUCAGCAGGCCCUCAUGGCCCAGGUGGUGGAGCUGCAGGCGGCCGAGAUCCGGCAGCUCCGCGAGGCCAACGCCGAACUCGAGCUCCGGCUCGCGCUGCGGAAGGAGUCGCACCGAGCCGCGGCCCGGCAGGUGGCCAAACUCGAGCACCACCUGCUUCGGAGCGAGCAGGCAGCAGCCGCUCUUCGUGCACAAAUCGAGCACGAGCACGAGCACCAGCGGCGCAAGCGGCGCAAGAUCGCGGAUGUAGUGGGGUCGCCGGCCCAGCAGCAGCCCGGCGCUGAGGCCAACGCCGACGUGUCGCCGUCGUCGGUGCGGUCGUUUGCGUCGUCACCGCCGCCACCGCUGCCGCCGACGACGUACGGCGGAGGAGUGCUGGGCGAGGCGCGCUCGCUGAUGCCGUUCCUGCGAGACUACGACAUCCGCUCGUCCUUGGCCGUCGUCGAUUUCAGCUAUCCGGUGUGCGCGUUCAAGUGCUCGAGCACAGACGCCACCCCGCCGGCGAUGAUCUACGCCAAUGCCGCCUUCUGCAGCCUUACCAACUUCUCCCUGGACCAAUUACUUGGAACGCCGUUCCAGUUCUCGUUUGUAGUGAACGUCCACCAGUAUAAGCAGGCGGUCACCCUCACCACCAACCGGCCACCACUGCACGUGACUGACGUGUAUCGGUACCACUCGCUGCUACGUUCCAGCUACGGUCCGCUCCUGCGAGUCUCCCAGAACGUGCAGUUCUUCUGCAACGAGGCAGGCAAUAUGCGAUAUUCGCUACACUGCAUCUUGGACUGGGAGGAGGGCAGCUUGGAGGAGACCGAGGAGCCCGGCCGGUGGAUUCCAUUCAGCAACAUUGAACCGAAACGAAUGGAGAAAGGGGAGGGGGUGCAGCGAGAAGCUGUGGGCGCAGCUCUGCAGGAGCUCCGCACGCAUGCCGAGCACAAAGACGACAAAGCCACGUACUUUGCCGAGCAGGAGGGAGCCCUGGCGCUGCUGGUGAGCUUCGUGGACAGCGAAACAUCAUCGAUCCCGAUCAUCGACGGCGCUCUCAGUUGCCUGUGGAACCUGGCCUCCACAGUGGAGCUUGCCCGGGCUUCGUGUCGCCAUGGCACGCUCGAGGUGGUGAUCGAGCAGCUGCAGUCGAGCAACCUGGACGUCGUCAACUCGGCCCUCGGCUGCCUGACGUCCUACCUCGAACUCGGUAUCGUCUCUCCCAAAUCUGGCGGCGUCGGCGGCGGCGGCUGGUGGCUGGCAGCCGAGCUGGGCAUCGGCAAGAUCUUCGUCGGCUUGCUGCACCGCUUUGAGACGCUCAACGACGACGCGGAAGUGGAGAUCUUCAUGAACUGCGUCUUGACCUUGAUGUUCCAUCCCAAGGUUCGGAAACAGAUGGCGAGCAGCGAGGUGGUGGAGAGUGUCAUCAAGGUCAUGGAGGCCUAUUCCAGUGCCUUUCCCGAGGUGCGCUUCCUCUGCAUCGGCACGCUUGCCUUCCUCGCGCUCGACAGCGCGUUGGCGACCUGCGACGUGCUCCACAUCAUCGGCCAGUACACCGACGAAAUGGACCCCCAGGCAAUCGCGAAAGAGAGUGACGAGUGCGGCACGGUGUGGACCUUCAUCCGGCCGUUCUUUGAGCUCAUGUCAUCGACGCACGCCACGAUCCGGCGGCUGUGCGGCCUCAUCUACGCCUCCUUUGCCCUCACCAGCGCGCACCAGGACCAGUUCAAGCGCGAGGCGCUGGUGAGCGAGCUGCUGGCCGUUCGGUGGAGUACCGGCGACGCCAGGCUCGCGGCCUAUCUCGACUGCGCGCUGGCCGCCCAGGGGCCGGCCCUGCGGGGCGGCGUGGACGCGCCGUCGCUGGUCCAGCUGUGCGCGUACCGUAUCCAGCCGAAGACGACGAACGACGACCAACGCGACGACCACCGAGCGAUCAUCAUCAGCUUCAUCAACACCGGCUGGUGCCCCAGGAACUCCAAGAACGGUUCGCCUUGA